AACGCAUGAGUGGUGGGACGAACUGGUGCAGAAGUAGGUCAUGCGGUAUGACUUCACUUCACACGAGCUCCACCUCUUAUUAUAAACAUCUUACUGCCUCGCUGCUACCUCUACUUAACAUCAACAUCAUUACUAUCCAUCUCACAUUAAGCCAUUGCAAUGCAUUACUAUCUGACAACCACUAUCCUCUCACUGCUGUGCGCAGGCGCUCAAGCAUACGAUUACCUCACAGCUACCGCUCUGGUCACAAAUGCUGCAAAUCAAUCCGCGUUGGAGUGUUGGCGACUCUCGACACCACUUGUGGACUCAUCCGAGCCUGGAAUUGCUGGUAGCUUGAGAUUCAACUUCAACGCCAGUAGCGCUUCAUACACCAUCAUCCCUCCCAGAUUCAAUGGUGGCAGACAUAACGAUCCCACUCCUCAGCUCGUGGUGUAUACAUCCGGCCUGGCGCACAUCUCGCUGCCAUCUUCGAAGGACGAGGCAUGGUUCAUUGGCGGAAACCAGGGAAUCUUGAUCGCGACUGAUAUGACCGGAGGUGGCCACAUCACAGAGUACCCUUCCGAGCAGUACACAUCUGUGAUCACAGUCCCAUUCCCUGAUGGAUUGGUUCCUGCUCAUGAGAAGGUAUCAUCGGGAGCUUGUCACUUCAGCAGUAUCGGAGGAAGAUCGCUUGAAGAUCGAUUGUGGCAUUGAAGAGCCUCUACUCGAAGUGGCUUUGGGGAAAUGGCGGAGAAUAACCCCUACGAGUGAGGAAGCCUGCAAGACUUCUUUCUAGCUUGACGAAGAGUCCUUUCUCUUCCACAACACCGUCUUUGAUCCAGAAGCCGUAUGAACCCAUCAUGUUUGCCAUCAUGACAUCUGUGAAUAGUCGAUCUCCUACGAUUGCGACUUGAGAAGCAUGAGUGACUCCCGUAUCCGGGGCAUUACGAAGAUAAGAUAACACAUCCGGGUGGCAUCCAGGUUUCUGAGUAAUGUCAGGAAAGGCAUGUUUAACGGGAUCAUCCUGCAUACCUUUGUGUUAUGCCGGAGGACCUUGACGCCGGUGUUCUUCUCAAG